AUGAGUUUAUGGAUCCACAUCACUACCGGCGCACCCACUUUCUACUCGGCGGAUAUGAGUAAUCAUUCCCGUCCCAGCGGCCUCGAUACGCCGUCCGAUACGGCAGACGACCUCGACGAAUCUCCUCCCUUCCGACAGACCCAUCACGCAAGCGGGUCUCGUGAGCAAGGUAGACACGGCUUUUCAACUUUCUCUCGACCGCUUCCCCAACGACCUUUGGCAAGUCCUCGGUCACAAGUCAUUGAUCAGCAACAAGAGAAAGACUGCUGCGCUGGCGUUAGUGCCCCCAACUAUCCGGGCCCGUUAAUAGAAGUAUCCCUCGAAGAACGUGGUUCAACCGGCGCCGAAUCUACUGUCCGUUACUCAGCAUCCCGCCCACCUCUCUUCUCUCACCCCUCAUAUACACAUGCGCGCCCGCACCUGACGCAAAAUCACCAGCAACUGAAUGCAGAGGAACACUAUUACCGUGAUUUUCAAGAUCAGGAGUACUGGACAAUCUUUCACGAACCCCAACAACACUAUCGCGUGCCCCAUAAUCACCAGUCCCCGCAAGACUUCAGCCAACAGCUUCAAUAUCAUCACCAAGUAUUUCCACAUCCUUCGCCGGCGGACUCUAUACAGUCAGCCUCCCUCGCUUCGUCUUCUCCCGACACGGCGUCUUUACUCUGCCAUCCACACGACCCACGGCUUCUCCAGGCCCAGCUUCAAGCACCCACCGAAAGCGGCUUUAUAUCAUUUGCUUACGUAGACCCCGAAUUGCCCCCAAAUCCUGGCGAACUAGCCCCGAUCCAUUUUUCGGGCCUAGAAUCCGCACAUCUCGCCCCGGAGCGCCCUGUGGAUUUCUCUUUGUCCAGACCUGUGGCGGUACCCGCCCACCCAUUCUAUCACAACCACCUCAGCGACGACUUCCUCCAACAUCGGCAGACUGGGGUCCUUCAAUACCCCGGCGACUACCCGGCACCAUUCAUGCAGAACUCCGGGCUGUCCAUUCUCAACGCCGAAUCUUUCGACGAUGGUAUGUCGGGCUUUCGCGCACCAAGAAGCCUACCUCCUGGGGGGAAACCUGCUGUCGACACCAGUGAGGAGGCAAAACGAUCCUCCAAGAAACGAUCAAAGACUCAGUCUGUAGAGGUUGUAGAACUGGACGAGGAGGAAAAGAAGCGGUCAAGGGGGAGACCACGCCUAGACACCAAUGAUGAGACCGCGAAAGACCAGCGUCGUCGAACACAAAUUCGGCUCGCUCAAAGAGCCUACCGCAACCGCAAGGAGACAGCGAUCCAAUCGCUCGAGAAGAAAGUUGACGAGUUGAGGCGCACCAAUGAAGAAAUGAGCAAGGAGUUCAUGAAACUCUACGACUUCGCCGUUAGUAAAGGCAUGCACGAGAGCACACCCGAAUUUGGUAGACAACUGCAAGCUACGACAGAAAAGUUUGUCUCUUUGGCGCGGAAGACGAGCGAGGAGCCAGAAAAGGAAGGCGACGUGCUUCCAAGCCAGGAAAACGAUGGAGACGUCGAGGAAGUUGGCGGCCCUGCCGGUGGGCAAGAAAGGGGCAACGAAAAGUCACCAUCUCCCGAAAUUGCUAAGCCGAUUGAACAAGUCAUAUACGAUGUUUUGUCAAGCGAGCAGCCGCAACAGCAUCAGCUACAGUCAACACCUCGAACACUUGCGAUGACUGCGGUGCAUACAACAUCUUGGGCGCCCGAUAGUCAGUCACACAUGCCGCACUCGACACUAUCCCAAGCCCCAAUGGGCUACGAGAUUGUGACGGAACCGACGCCGGAUAAUGCUAGUUUCCCAUUCGGUAUGUCCUACGAGCAUAGUCUGGACCAACCAGGCACUUUCGAUCUACUCGCCAACCAGCCCUUUUCUGAUUCCCUAUUCAAUAUUCUCUCUUCACCGACCUCCUAUGCCCACCAGGAGCGGACGUUUGGGCGGCGUCUGCAACGAUCGACUCUAGAAAAGGCUUACACGUUGCUCCGCAUGCCCAACCCGCCGAGCAGCCUCAUCAACAGCGCUUUCGGUUUCAGUUUACUUUUCGAGCCCAAAGAGAGGAUCAUGGAGCGGAUCGCUAACCGUCUCAGUGUCAACCAACGGGAAACAAUGUUCAACUGGAAGUUUCCAUUUUUACACCUAGGGGGCGGGGGGACGUGGUUCGACGAGAUGAAUGACUUGGAUGAGAUGGCGUACCCGAGCGGCCAUAAACAGAGAAAUCCGGUGGGGAAUCAGGGGACGGCCGAGCCGUAUCGGCAAAAGGUCGACUCACUCUAUGGCAUGGGGCCGUGGGAUGCGGCGACGGAAGAGAUGCGAGACCUCAGAGUGGAGCGCGCCGCUGCGAGACUUCGAAUGAACGUCCCUGGCCUGCAAGGGGACUUUUACGAUGCGGACGAGGUUGAAUGGGUUCUUCGGAGACGAGGAGUCGAUAUUCCCGCCGCUGCGGAUUUCGUCACGGCAGAGAUCGAUCCUGCAGACUUUUCAGAUGAGACCGCGGUUGCUGGACGUGCUCACGGUAGCGGACUCGAUAGCAACGGCAGCAGCAUUAACAACGCCUCCGAUAUCUUGAGCAGUUACGGAACGAGCCCUGGGGAUGCCGCUGCCAGGCAAUGGCUCGGGCAGACUCUGAAGCCGACAAGGCCGUCUGAUGUCCACUUGGGCGAUACACGGUCCGUCGGGCAGUCUAGCGACGCGGCGUCGAGUCAGAUGCCCCUGGAUCCGAGCCUUGCGGGCGAUAUGUUUGGGCUGGAGAGCACCUCUACCAACCAGACCGCAACGCCCGGGUCAAAGCGGAGGGCGGUGACGAUCAAUGUUGGAGUGCUCGUUCAAGAAAUCGGAUUGAAAUCGGUCUGCCUGGGACGAUCACCAGGGAUCCGACCGAGAGACUUGAAUGUUGCAUUUUGGGCAUCGCUGACCACGUGA